ACAAAUACGAAAAAGUACAAAUAGAAUAUGAAAUGUUUAUUGAGUUUUGAAAACUAAUUUACUUUUAAACAUGAAAGAAAACCGGAAGGGUUGUCAUGGAGAAAUCAAGAACGUACCGUAGCGACAUCUAGUUUGAUUUCGGAAACUAAUAUUAUUUUAAAUACUUCCUCAUUAGAAGGUUACUUUAAAAAUAAUAUGUUAAAAAAAUAUAUAUCAAAGACUUUUAUAGUUCAACGCGUAAAUAUUGAAUUAAAAUUUAAUCGUAAUUGUGUACUUUUUUACUUUAUGACGAAACAAUAUUUUUCCGUAGCAGAUGAAACGGAACGUAGCAAAUAUCCAAAUCGCAAGAAGAUAGUUAGCAUAGUACUAUUUACAAAUAAUUAUUAACCUAGCAACUUUUAUCGUGUCUAUAUUAUAGGAUUUAACUUCCUGAUAUGAAAUAAUUAAAAAAUUAGCUACAUUUUGAGACAUAUCACAUCACUAGACACGUUAGUAAAUUUUUAGGUCAAAAUUGUACACAAUUUUUUACGCCAUUACGUAUCGAUUCGUACCCUGUGAAUUUAAAUGAGGGAGUAUUUAAAAAAUAAAGAUUGGUUCUUGAAAUCAAUUUUUUUUUUUUAUAUUGUUAAUAAUAUUUUUUGUUUAUAUUCUUUUCGUGUUUCUUAUAAUAAAUAUAUAACUUUCAAAUUACCUAAUGUUUAUUUAUUUGAAUCGUAAAUAAUCGUAAUACGAAUGUAAAUAUCGAAUUAUACAAAUUUGCCUAAGCAGAUUAGUAUAAUUCCAAAUAAAUAUAUACGCAAACGCCUAACCUAAGGCGCCGCAUAGCGAAUAUCAUAACUUUAGUUAGACUCGAGUGAUAUUUUUUUCACUCGAGUACGAAUUUGAAUAAUUCAUUUGUGUGACUCGAAUAACAAUAGGACUCGAGUCGUGUCACUAAUUUCAAUACUAACUAAACAUCUCCAUACUACUAAUCCUUAAUCUGUGAACAUCUCUAAGACGAUUUUUAUGUGUAGAGUUUUUUGGGUGAAAAAAAAGAGAUUUAUAUUUAACUAAUUAAGUCGAAAGAGUACAUAUAUUGAACUGUAUGAUUGUUUGCAAAGAAAGAAGUACAAUACAAAAAUAAUCUAUAAAAUAACUGCAGUAAUUAAAAAACCGUGCAAUGUCAAAAAGCCGUUAAUAUCUCAGACCAUUGAAUUACCAGUAACGACAGAACUGUGUUAAACAAAUAAUAAUGACUUCUGAGAAAAAUGCCCAAAUUGGGCAGGCACGAGAAGCAUUCCAGAUGAUGUACCAAAUUUCACAACUGCUUUGCACUGGCUUGGAUACAGAGACGUUGACUAUUUGUAUACGGCUGUGCGAGCUUGGUGUCGACCCAGAAGUCUUAGCGCACGUCAUAAAGGAAAUCAGAAAAAUUGGAGAUAAUGCCACACAGAGUCGUCCUGCUAAUCUACAGCCAUGAAUGUUAAAGCAACAACAGUAUUAUUAUUAACUAAAAUAUUUUAAAAUACAAUCAAGUGUUUUAUGAUUGCCAUUUCAUGUAGACUGUCAUUUCAAUUAAUCAACAGAAUAGUACUUAUUCUUUGGCACCAUUCUCUAAAUUAAAAGUUUAGAUUUGAUUUCAUAUUAUUUGGGAGUCUACAUUGUAAUCAAAGAAAUUUUCUGUGCAUUAGUGAAUCAAUUGUUUCCCAGUUUCAUUUGCAUCAUAUGUAUUUUGAAAACCUCUGCUGGUGAUUUAGCUAGACUUUCCAAAGUAUGAUAUUGGACUAGUACAUUCCAUAUUUACUUCCAGAUGUCAA